GUGGUGACAUUGUACCCAAGAGGUUGGAGCUGGCUGCGUUGUCUCUGCGCCUUCCCAGACACGGAAGUUAGGCGAGUUCGGCGAGUGGAGACAAUUCUGGAGGGUCUGGGAAGUCUGGACGAGAGGAGCCGUGGGGGGAGGAAUGCAGACGAGAUGCAAACGCCGAAACAGAAUACCCUAUUUUCUGUCACCCCGGAUGUCGUAUCGUGCUGA